CCGUGACCCGCCCUCGCGGCCGCGAGCGGCCCGCCCCCACGGCCGCGACGGUCCAGAGGCGUUAUGGGCGGCGCACCGCGAUGUCCGGCCCCGCGGGGGCGUGCGGGCAGCGGGAGGUCGUGGACUUCCUCGCCCGCUGCGCCGACUGCGAGGAAGAGUUCGGCCCAGACAGCUCGCUGUGCGCAGGCCUGAGGGAGCCCUCGUCCGAGCUCGUCGUGCCCGAGGCCGUGCAGCCGCAGGUCGCGGGCGACCCGGAGCAGCGAGGCCUUCGCACCUACGUCGCGGAUGCCGGGCUCCCACUGCUGCACCCGCCAGUGCGGGAGGGCCGCGUGCUGUACCUCAGCGGCGAGUUCCCAGAGCACCCGGUCGUGGUGCGCCUGGCGCUGCACAGGAACGGCUUCGCCUCGGAGCCGCUGGGCCCCCUCGAGGGCGCGCCGGCCCACCCGGGCGCCGCCGCCGUUGCGCGCCUCAGCGUCUGCUGGUCGCCCUUUGCCCUCGUGCAGGCGUGCCGGCUGCACACGGUGGAGGCGGACCGGGCGCUGGGCGGCGGCGUGCGGCUCUUCAAGAUCUCCGUGUUCCACCACGGGGUCACGCACGCGUUCGCCACGCAGGGCCCGGCAGCGGACGAGGAGCGCGCCCGGUGGGUGGCCGACAUCGCGCGGGCCAUCCGCUUGCUCACCCAGUCGCUGUUCCCCGCCUUCACCCUGCGCGCCUACCCGCUGGAGGGCGCCUCCUGGACCGCGAUGAGGCUCCUGGCAGGCUACCUGCUGCUCUGCGACACCUGGGGCGUGGCCCUGGUGUACGCGGAGCUGCACGCGUUCUGGGACGGCGUCGCGAUGUUCUACGCCUACCAGGA